UGAAGAGCCGAGAUAGAAGAGGAUCAGCUGAACCAAUUAGACAAGGACACACGAUGGGCGGGUGAUCUGGAAAGCGGGAUCAAUGAAGACGAGGGCGGGUCUAGUAACGGGAAUGAACCAAUGAGGCUCUGUGGAGACAGCAAGAGGCUGAGUCGGUCGCGUGUUGGGUCUCCCCAUCCUGACCGAAUCUGGAAAUCCCAAGGCUGCGGUCUUAGGUUCACUGUCCGGGAGCAGACCGGGAAAGCCGCGGCUCUGGCCAGCCCCUCACUCGCUCCACCCCCACCCCGGAGGCCCGGAGGCGGAAGUGACGGACACGGAAGUGCCCUGCUGUUGCCGAGGGGACGGACCAGGCAGAUGCCAACAUGGCAGCGGUUGGGUCUGGCGGUUCCACCGCGGCGGCUGGGCCAGGGGCGGUCUCCGCGGGGGCGCUGGAGCCUGGAACCGCGAAUGCGGCUCACCGGCGCCUCAAAUACAUAUCCCUAGCCGUGCUGGUGGUCCAGAAUGCCUCCCUCAUCCUCAGCAUCCGCUACGCCCGCACACUGCCUGGGGACCGCUUCUUUGCCACCACUGCUGUGGUCAUGGCCGAAGUGCUCAAAGGUCUCACCUGCCUGCUGCUGCUCUUCGCACAGAAGAGGGGUAACGUGAAACACCUGGCGCUCUUCCUCCACGAGGCUGUCCUGGUGCAGUAUGUGGACACACUCAAGCUCGCGGUGCCCUCUCUCAUCUACACCUUGCAGAAUAACCUCCAGUAUGUUGCCAUCUCCAACCUGCCGGCUGCCACUUUCCAGUCUGCCCCGAGGUGCCGCCAAAGCCCCUGCCUCCGCCUCCGCCUCGGGGCCCUGCCCUCACCAGCAGCCGCCGGGGCAGCCGCCGCCCCCGAAGCUGUCUUCCCAUCGCGGAGACCUCAGCACGGAGCCCUUUCUGCCCAAGUCAGUGCUGGUGAAGUGAGGGCUGGUGGGGGGGGGAGCAACAGGGAGGGGGGCUGGGUGGAGGGUGUUGGGCAUCUGCAGGGACCUAAGCUGCCACUGCCUGGCUCCUCUGGGAUUGGAAGAGUGUUUUCUCCCAGGUCGCAGAGACUUCUGGAGGGGCGUCACCGGAACCCCUCCUGGCAGACUGAGCCCCCCUCCCCUGGAGGGGGCUUUGAGAGCUGCCUCCUCUGCCGCAGUCAACCCCUCUGGGGGCUGGGCUGGCGGUAUUGUCAUUCAAGGCCUUUCUUUGCCUGCCUGCCUGCCCUCAGCUGGAGGUGUCCUGUCUUCCAUGCCUGGGAGAGCCCCUCCCAGCAGUCCCUCCACCUUUGUAAGGACAAAUUGGACAAAAAUCCUACAGCUCUUUUAGUGACGGACGCCUGUGGGGUUCAGCUUCCUGUAGCUUGAGGCCUUCUGGCCUCCCUCACAACCACAAUGGAUCGCAUUAGCAGCUCCGGUCUUUUUGUGUGUGUGGCCUUGGGGCAGCUUCCCUGACAGGAGACCCUUGGAAAUGGGCCUCUUGUGGGCACCCCCCAGGAGAGAGGCAGGGGCAGGAGCUGAGAUGUGCAUCAGCCCGUUCCAGAGGAGGGGUUGUGCAUCAGCCCGUUCCGGGGGAGGGUGUGGUAGGGGCCAUCUGUUUUUUAGUGGUUUGGGAAUUUGUGGUAUAAUCAGAUAAUUAAUGAUCUGGGGUGCCGGGGGGGGGGGGCAGGUGGGAGAGGUCCUUGAGUGGCUUGAAUCUCAAUGAAUCUAAGACACUGUCAGAUGCUGGAUGCAGGGUUCUUUUCCGAGACAUCCCGAGAGGGAAGAUAAAGCUGCCAACCACUCUUGAUCACGCACUGGCUGGAUGAGGCACCCUUACUCUGUGAUAGGGUGAGGGUGUCUUAAAAUCGCUGAAAUGUGGAACCUGCCCCCUGCACUCCCCAAAGCUUAUUAACCCCUUAACUUGUCUCCCAGAAUGUGUGUGUGCACGCGCGCGUGUGCAUGCGUGCAUUUGUGAGUGCGCACACGCACGCGCGGGAGAUGCCUGGGCUGUCUUUGCUCUAUGUAAAUAGGGUCGUUGGAUCUUUAUUUUUGAUUAAGUUGUGCUGAUUUUUUUGGUUUGUUUUCUAAGGAACUGUAAUGAACAAAUGUCAGGAGACCCAAUGCCAAAUAAAGAUGUUGUAUUUAUUUA